AUGCAGCAAGCAUUGAAGGUGGAAGUGGAUAGGAAGUCAGGAGGAGGAUACGUUACAGAGAGAGAGAGAGAAAGAGAGAGAGUGGGGGUUUAUCCAAAUCUGGUGCUUUUGGGUAUCCAUGGCGUCCUCUAUUUGCAGCUUUCAGAACAUGUACCCCUCAUUCUCUGCCACGACCAAUCAUCAUCGUCAUAAGCAGCUUUCAUCUCCUUGGGUUCUGGGUUCAUCGUCUUCCUACUCCCACAUCUCUGUCUCAAUCAAACGCCCUGCGUUUCUUUCUCCCAAUCCCAAUUCCCAUCCCAAUCCAAGGCGUCUUAGAGUCGCUGCUAUGGCUCCCCCAAAGGCCAAGCCCGGUGGCAAAGCCAAGAAAGUGGUUGGGAUGAUAAAGCUGGCACUGGAGGCAGGGAAGGCCACCCCUGCACCGCCGGUUGGACCUGCACUGGGUUCUAAGGGUGUCAAUAUUAUGGCUUUCUGUAAGGACUACAAUGCCCGCACCGCCGACAAGGCCGGUUAUGUCAUUCCUGUCGAAAUUACCGUCUACGAUGAUAAAAGCUUUACUUUCAUUCUAAAAACCCCACCCGCUUCGGUUCUGCUUAUUAAGGCCGCAGGAGUGGAGAAAGGUUCAAAAGACCCAAAGAUGGAAAAAGUGGGAAAGGUCACAAUUGAGCAACUGCGAGCAAUUGCUGCUGAAAAGCUACCAGAUUUGAACUGCACAACCAUUGAAUCAGCUAUGAGAGUAAUAGCAGGGACAGCAGCUAAUAUGGGAAUUGAGGUUGAUCCUCCUGUUCUUGAACCCAAAAAGAAGGAAAUCCUAUAAUUGUGGCAGUUGUCUGUCUAGAUUUUUUGUUUAAUUGUAUCUAGAAAAUGUAUACAUUUCUCUGUGAAGUACAAAGAAGUUGAAAUCCAUUUUUGAAUAUGCAGCAUCUCCAUUUUUUGUUC